AUGGAAACAACACUACCCUUCCCUUUCCUUAUCAGUGUGGCCGUUCCGCCCGGCCUGGCCAAGCUGGAUGGCCUCGACCGCGAGCAAGUCUCGAUCCUCGGAGCCCCCUUCUUCGAGGCCAACGACCAGACCCUGGACAAGUUUCACAGCUUUCUGAAGCAGCACAACGCAGAAUUCCGCGGCUACUUUGACGUCACGGGUAUCACAGCAAAGGACGAUGUAGUCUCCCUGCUCGAUGCCGGCGCCCGCAUGGUCUUUGUCUCUCCCGAGAACCUCGCUCAGUACGAGGAGUUCGGAUCCCGUGUGGGCUCCAUUCUCACCACCGACGAUGUCACGACGAAGCCCGCCUCCAAGCACGCCGUUCUCGUCAAAGACUUUGAUCCUACCCUCUGUAACCUUGGCUCCUUCAUCGAGCACUGCAAGGUGGAGAAGCUCCCGAACCUGUUCAUCAAGCCCGUGCCCGAGAGCAACCUCGAGCACUUUGUCGAUAUCGCCAAGCAAUGCAACGCCAUCCCGGUUCUGCCGUCUGACGGUCUGACGGCCAGCAAGGAGGAGUCCAAGAAGCUUCCCCUUUCCAAGCUCAUUGCUUCAUUCUGGAAGUCGGACCGGCCGGAUGGCCUGAUCCCCACCGUCGUGUGCGACGAGUCUGGCACCGCGAUGGGCCUCGCCUACAGCAGUGCAGAGAGCGUCGGAGAGGCCCUGCGGACCAGGGCUGGCGUCUACCAGAGCCGCAAGCGUGGUCUCUGGGUGAAGGGUGCCACGUCCGGUGACACCCAGGAGCUCAUCCGCAUCGCCCUGGACUGCGAUAAUGACACGUUAAAGUUCGUCGUCAAGCAGACUGGCGGUUUCUGCCACCUGGAUCAGCACGGCUGCUUCGGUGAUCUGAACGGUAUCCCUAGACUCGAACAGACGUUGCAGUCUCGCAAGAAGUCCGCGCCCGCGGGCUCUUACACUGCUCGCUUGUUCUCUGACGAGAAACUUCUGCGAGCCAAGAUUAUGGAGGAGGCCGAGGAGCUCUGUGACGCAAAGACUCCCCAAGAGGUUGCCUUUGAGGCUGCCGACUUGAUUUACUUUGCUCUCACAAAGGCUGUCAGCGCCGGCGUUAGCCUCGCUGACAUUGAGAGAAAUUUGGAUGCCAAGGCAUUCAAGGUCAAGAGGAGGACGGGAGAUGCCAAGGGCAAGUGGGCUGAGAAGGAGGGCAUCAAGACUACCACAGCACCCGCCCCUGCAGCGGCGCCGGCACCGGCACCGACAGCAAAGGCUGAGAAGUCUGAGAGAAUAUCGAUGCGCCGCUUCGACCUGUCCAGCUCUUCCGCCGCUGAGAUUGACGAGGUGCUGAAGCGCCCCUCACAGAAGUCACCCGACGCCAUCCUGAACAUCGUCAGGCCCAUCAUUGACGAGGUUCGCAACGGAGGCGACAAGGCUGUUCUGUCCUACACCCACAAGUUCGAGAAGGCGACAUCACUCACCUCCCCUGUGCUCAAGGCUCCCUUCCCCAAGGAGGCCAUGCAGCUCUCUCCCGAAUCAACCAAGGCCAUUGACAUUUCCUUUGAGAACAUUCGCAAGUUCCACGCCGCUCAGAAGGAGGACAAGCCCCUAAAGGUCGAGACCAUGCCCGGCGUGGUUUGCAGCCGCUUCUCUCGUCCCAUCGAGAGGGUUGGUCUCUACGUCCCUGGUGGUACUGCCGUUCUCCCUUCUACUGCUCUCAUGCUCGGUGUCCCCGCCAUGGUCGCCGGCUGCCAGAAGAUCGUCUUCGCCUCGCCUCCCCGCGCUGACGGUAGCCUAACCCCUGAGAUUGUCUACGUCGCUCACAAGGUGGGCGCCGAGAGCAUCGUCCUCGCUGGAGGCGCCCAGGCCGUCGCCGCCAUGGCGUACGGCACCGAGAGCGUGACAAAGGUCGACAAGAUCCUCGGACCCGGAAACCAGUUUGUCACAGCGGCCAAGAUGUACGUCAGCAACGACACCAACGCCGGUGUCAGCAUCGACAUGCCGGCCGGCCCCUCCGAGGUUCUCGUCAUCGCCGACAAGGACUCCAACCCCGCCUUUGUCGCGUCCGAUCUGCUGUCACAGGCCGAGCACGGCGUUGACAGUCAAGUCAUUCUGAUUGCCAUUGACCUGAACGAGCAGCAGCUCCAGGCCAUCGAGGACGAGCUGCACAACCAGGCCAUGGCCCUGCCUCGUGUCGACAUUGUUCGCGGCGCCAUUGCCCACUCGGUCACCAUCCAGGUCAAGACCGUGGACGAGGCCAUGCGCAUCAGCAACGACUACGCGCCCGAGCACUUGAUUCUCCAAAUUAACGAUGCCGAAAAGGUGACGGAGAAGGUCAUGAACGCCGGCUCCGUCUUCAUCGGCGAGUGGACCCCCGAGAGUGUCGGCGACUACUCUGCUGGCGUCAACCACUCUCUGCCGACCUACGGAUACGCCAAGCAGUACUCUGGCGUCAACCUCGCCUCCUUUGUGAAGCACAUCACCAGCUCCAACCUGACGGCCGAGGGCCUGCGCAACGUCGGCGAGUCCGUCAUGCAGCUCGCCAAGACGGAGGCUCUCGAGGCUCACCGCAGAGCCGUCGAGAUCCGCAUCGACCACAUGAACCGUAAAUAA